UCAUCGCAGAUAGACCAGCUCGACCAACGCUUGACGCGAAUAAGAAGGGGGUAGCUGAAAUUCUUGGGAGUCUUCCGGUACAAGAUCGCGACUGGCGAUUACUGUGUACGACUGCCAAAUUGCGAGAACACAAACUGAUCCCUGAGAACGCGAGUCUUCAACGGGAGCCAGUAUAUAAAGAACCAUCUGAGAAACAGCAGGAGCGGAUAGAUAAACGUCUUUCUAAGCAAACUCCUCGACAAACUUCAGACAUGACUUUCUUGAAGUCUGCCCCUGUCCUGAAGAUCAAGCAAAAGGGUGGAACACCAGCGACUUCGCCGGUCGUUGCCCAGAAGAGGAAGAGCGAUGUGAUGACUUCGCUUGCUGCAGAUUCCUCCAAGAAGUUGGCUAAGACUACUCAGGACAAGGGGAAGAAAGUCGUCAUCGACUCUCCUGUUCGUGCUCGCGAUUUUCUGGCCAUGCAGGAAAAAUUACUGGCUGAGAUUCCUUACGAGGAUCUUGCUUCUCGAUCUACUGAACUGGCCGUGCAAUCCAUGGCUUUGUUCAUGAAAGCCGCGGCUACUCCUUCGAAGGAAACUGAUUCGCUGAAGAGGCAGAACGUCCAUUUUCAAGAGAACAUAAAGAAGCUGAAGCAGGAGGUGGCGAGGAUGGAGGAGCUUAACAAGGCCAAGGAGAAGGGACUCGAGGAAGUCAACAGGGCAAAAGAACAGGUGGAGCUCGAGCUCAAGAAGUCGCAGGACACGAUCGCUGAGAUGGCUCGCGACUUGGAGGCUGAGAAAGAGAGUGGGAAGAAACAGUACGAUCAGGCCGUGUCUGACUACAUUUACACUACUCUUUCCAAGGUCCCUGACUUCGACUUCUCGCUGCUUGGAGCCGAAGCUGCAGAAAUGGCUGAAGCCUUUCGCGCGAUGUCUCCUACCCAGACUCAGGGUAACCUUCCUGAUGAAACCGAGGGAGUACAGGCUGAAGAGGUCGAGAAUGAAGUCGUGAGCAAGAUUGCAGACGAGGCUGCUCCUGAUGAGACUACUCCCAUUGCUCCAGGCGUUUGA